AUGUCAGUCCGGCGUUACACAGACCCUGUCUACCUUCAGUACAUCUGGAACGCUAUUUUGGACGUCCCGAAUAGCGUGUCCGGUUCCACCUUGCAGGACCUGUUGUCCGCAAUUCAGUCGCGCUACGAUCAGAAGUGCACUUCCUUUAAACUCCAGCAUGAGCUUUCCAACGCCAUUCAGGAUGGAUGUAUUGAAGAGGAUGGUGGAUUAUACUCACUUGUGGAAGGAUUUGAGUGUAUUCAAAAAGAUAGGAGUGACUGGUAUUGUUUCGAGUGUCACGGUCCUGGAUUCGUCGUUUCCUGCCCCACCUGCUUCCGGGUUUUUCACACAGACUGCUUAUCGGCCGCGUCGGAAACUCAUUGGUCAUGCCGCCUACCGCUAGAAGAUCCUACUUUAGGCACCAGCGCAGAGCCUGAUUCGGAAUUCCCACCGGAUCACCCUUGUCCCGUUUGUAAGCGCGUUUCACGUGCACGAAAUUCCGAUGAAACAACAUCGAUUCAAGAUUUACAGAAAAUAUUCGCCACCGCUUUGACGGUGAUACGUCAUCGUGUGAGCUGGAAAACAAUGCAACAAGUCGGUUACUUGUACGAACCUGUGCGCAAUGAAUAUCUUGUCUAUCGCCAAAUCAAUACCCGCAUGAUUAGUGAUCGAUUACGAGCGGAGCCUCAAUCGAAAAGUGGCUACUUCAACCGUACAGGCUUUUUAGUGGAUUUGGAUAAUCUGGUUCAUAACGCUGCUGUGUUUUAUGGCAGCAAACAUGUUAUUAGUAACAUGGCAAGACAAAUUCGUUCACAGAUGAAACGUGCUAUGCGCGAGUCUGCUUACUGCGUCGAUUGUUAUUUGCGAUCGUCGUCUCCCUCUAUCCCUUCGCGAUUCACAGCUGCAUGUCGCAAGCCACACCGGUUAUUAUGGUUUCAGCACAACGGUUGGUCAUUCCGACCUUGCAAAAUGCUGUAUGAAAAUGCUGAGGGAUAUGAGGUAAUUUGCUUCGGAGGACGUCAUGAACGGGAAUUUGUGCAUCGGAGCCGUGCUUUCAACAUGACCUUCACCGCCCCAGAACUAGGACUACGGAUGACGCCGUCUCUAAAAAAGGCUUUGGAUGAAGCGGAGGAGUAUAAAGCCAAUCAAAGCGCCUACGACAGGAGCCUUCCGCCGACGUCAGAACUGGAUACGCCCACCAAUUUGGCCAAUGUUUAUAACGGCAAGGAUUUCAGGGCUAUGGAGCGUUCUGUUAUUUCGCCCACCGAUUCAACGGCUGUAGUUAAACGUACGCGUGAGUGUCGGAAACGCAAAGCUGGGCCUAAAUACAGCUCAGCAUUCGGAACCACGGACACUGAGAGUUCCGUUUCGGCUUUCUCUUCCCUAACUGCCAGCAGCAGCUACAAACGUCGGAAGUCAUCCGUAGUGUCUUCAUCCGUUAAGAGACCAAGCACCAAGCGUAGUAACAAAGUAGCGAAAACGUUGAACCGCCCCAGCCUGACUUCUGUCGAUCUAAACGAAGAAUACACAAAUGUCGUUGAUUCUCUGUUUUCCCCAGAUAAUACUGGAUUAUCUUCGCUGAGCAGCGAAAACGAAAGCAACGAUGGCAAUAUAUCAGAUUUCCGAAUCACCAAGAGAUCGUCUAGUCAGAAAAUGUGUCCUGCUUCUUUGAACGGAGUUGGCAAAGUUAAUUCGCCUACAGGAUCCAAUCGACGGUCGACGGUUUGCUUACAAGAGGUGAAAACCGGAAGCGAUCGUUCUACACAUUCCGGUGCUUCAAGUUGCUCAGUAACUAACUCGAAGCCGUUAAUUCGGAUUAAACCCCUUCCUCCACCGAAACUGGAUGAUCAAACUGUUUCUGUUUCAAAACCGUCGCGCAAAAGUUUACCGCGCGGCCCCAAGACAAUCGAUACCACACGAUCGAAACCAGAGCCUAGCACCUCCUCUUCUUCUUCCGCACUGUCCUGCCCGUCAUCUGGGUGUGCCACCAUUCCGGCGUUUUUGUCCCUAGACGAUCCGGAAUCCGUGGAUUCCUUGCAUUCUUUCUCCUCUGCAUCCUCUCAAAAGUUGCAGCCUCGGAAAACUGGUCGACCACCCAAGCGGUUGGAAGGUCAAAAAUUAAAAAUGUCUCGCAUAACUGGAAGUGGUGUACUUCAGAACGGUGCCCAACGAACGGUUAACGGCAUUUCUCAGAUUACGUCUGUUGCCAGUGAUUCGAAUAACCCAGAUCAAGUUUCGAAGACUAUCACCUCCACCAUGCGUUCAUCCCGGGUGAUGCGCUCCCCUUCUCCAUUAUCCUCACUCAGCGAUUGUGAUUCAAAAAGUUCUUCGUCUUCCUCGUCCCUGCUAUCACAUUCCCGGACGCCCUCCCCCUCUUCAUCCAGUUUGUCCUCAUCUUCUUCAGUUUCUUCCACAUCCACAAUUCCAUCUCCAUCACGACUGACUUGUUAUUCUACCCAUAAUACUGACAGUCGUAAAAAUUCCAAUGCAUUUGGACACGGCCGUCGUGUCAACUCCUUCAGUCCCGCAUCCUUGAAGUGUGGCUUCUCGGUCGGGCAGCCAACGUUGCCAACUGCACCUAAAACAGAACCGUCACCGGCCCUGUUCUGUUCGCUCUACAACCAUAGUACAAGUCCCACCAAACCCCAUCAGUCUAGUCUGGACGCUUCGUCUACAGACAUGUCUACUACACUCAGUUCGCACACGUCCAACGGUUAUUCUGGCACUGAACAGGGUCGUGGUACGAAAUCAAACAAGAAAAAGGUGAGUCACGUCCAGUUUUCAAAAUCAUAA